GCUCCGCGACCGCCGCCCGGUGUCUGCGCCCGUCCACCGCCACGAUGAUGUGUGGCGCGCCCUCCGCCACGCAGCCCGCCACGGCCGAGAUCCAGGCCAUCGCCGACAAGGUGAAGUCCCAGCUGGAGGAGAAGGAGAAUAAGACCUUCCCGGUGUUCAAGGCCGUGGAGUUCAAGAGCCAGGUGGUCGCUGGCAGGAACCUCUUCAUCAAGGUUCAAGUUGACGAUGACGACUUCGUGCACCUUCGGGUGUUUGAAAGCCUCCCGCACGAGAACAAGCCCUUGACCUUGUCCAGCUACCAGACCAACAAAAGCAGGCACGAUGAGCUGACAUACUUCUAGGCCUGAGCUGAAGAGAGCCCGUCGCCUGCGCGGGUCUGUCCGCCGCCAGCGCGUGUCGGGGACCCUCCGAGGUGCCCCGGGUGGGGGACGGGACGCCCCUCUCCUGUGUCUAACUUUUAUCAUGUUCAUUCCUUUCCUCCUGCGAUGAUCUUAACCGAGUUACUUUCAAGAAGAACCAGCGUGAUCCUUAAAGAUAAAUAUAUUUUCAGUCUUUGUGAA